AUGUCUGGAGGUUCUCCGGGUGUCCCGUUGCGGCGGGAGCCCCUCUCUCCGCAGCGGCUUCGUGAGUGGUACGCUCGGCGCUGUCACCGUGCUACUGGUGCUGCUGUAGCUGCUGGAGGUGCUGCUGGUGCUGGAGCUACUGGAGGUGCUGCUGGUGCUGGAGCUGCUGGAGGUGCUGCUGGUGCUGGAGCUGCUCGAGGUGCUGCUGGUGCUGGAGCUGCUGGGGGUGCUGCUGGUGCUGGAGCUGCUGGAGGUGCUGCUGGUGCUGGAGCUGCUGGAGGCGCUGCUGGUGCUGGUGAUGGAGCUGCUGGUGCUGCAGGCGUUGGCGCUGCAUGUACUGGAGCUGGUGGUGCUGCGGGAGUUGUUUCUCGAGACCCUGGAUCUAAGGGUACUGGUGCUGUCUCUGCUGUUUCUGGAGGCGCUGCGCGACCGCGGCCGUACUACGUUCCGCUCCUUCAGCAGCGUGUCCCUCUGCCGUCUCCUCCUGCGUCCUCUCUUCCUGACCGUCCGGACCCGGAGUCUGACUCCCUUCGUGCUGCUAGUCCUACUGUCACGCGCUUUCUGGCCACUACUGUCACUGACCCUUUAUUUGAGUCCACUGCUGCGUCUGCUCUCGUUGCUGAGCUUGUUGACUUUGCUGCAGCCUGUCGCCUAGACUUUGCCACUAGUCUUGUUGCUGAGUCUGCGUCUGAGUCUGUCUGUCCUCCGUCCGUCGGGGGUGAGAGUGCUCUUGGCACGGACGUUCUUGAGGACAGACAGGAGGAGUUUGAGUGCUUUGCCGCUGCUGUACCUCAUCUCUGGCAGGCAGCCAUGGACGCCGAGAUGGCUUCCUGGAAGUCCACAGGCACCUACAUCGACGAGGUUCCCCCGCCUGGGGCGAACAUCGUCAGUGGCAUGUGGAUCUUCAGGGUGAAGCGGCCGCCGGUUUCUCCGCCUGUCUUCAAGGCGCGUUACGUUGCACGUGGCUUCAGUCAGCGACAGGGAGUUGACUUCUUCCAGACCUUCUCCCCUACCUUGAAGAUGACAACUGUUCGGGUGCUAGUGCACGUCACCGCUCAGCGUGACUACGAGCUACACUUGCUUGACUUCAGCACAGCCUUCCUACAGAGCAGCCUGCACGAGGAGAUCUGGCUGCGCCGCCCACCUGGCUUCACUGGGUCGUUUCCUGCUGGUACCCAGUGGAGCCUCCGGCGGCCAGUCUACGGUCUCCGCCAGGCACCCCGUGAGUGGCACGACACGCUGAGGACGACUCUUGCUACUCUUGGUUUUGCUCCUUCCACUGCUGACCCGUCACUGUUUUUACGCACUGACUCCACUCUGCCGCCGUUCUACGUUCUCGUGUACGUAGACGACCUUGUCUUUGCUACUGCUGACACUGAGGCACUCGCCCACGUGAAGUUCGAGCUGCAGAAGAGACACACGUGCACAGACCUGGGUGAACUAACAAGCUAUCUUGGCUUGCGGAUCACCCGGGACAGAGCACAGCGCACCAUUACCUUGACUCAGUCACACAUGGUGCACCAGGUCCUUCAGCGCUUCGGCUUCAUGUACUCCUCGCCACUGUCCACUCCUCUGCCUACCGGUCACUCGCUCUCAGCUCCACCUUCGGACGAAUCCGUAGAGCCGAGUGGCCUGUAUCCAGAGCUUGUGGGCUGCCUCAUGUACCUGAUGACUUGCACACGACCUGACCUCGCAUACCCUCUCAGCCUUCUGGCUCGCUACGUGGCUCCCGGCAGGCACCGAAAGGUGCACUGGGAUGCUGCGAAGAGGGUGUUGCGCUACUUGUGCAUUACGUCGGGCAUGGGGCUCGUGCUUGGAGGACGGGCUCGAGUUGUCCUCAGUGGUCACGCAGACGCUUCCUGGGUUGAUGACUUGGCUACGCAGCGGUCGUCACAGGGUUACACCUUCAGCCUUGGGUCCGGUUCUGUCUCUUGGCAGUCUACCCGCUCGUCUUCGGUUCUCAGCUCCAGUUGUGAGGCUGAGAUCUACGCUGGGGCCAUGGCUGCACAGGAGUUACGCUGGCUCACCUACCUGCUGACCGACUUGGGAGAGGUGCCUCGUUCUCCUCCAAUUCUGUACGUCGACAAUAAGGCCAUGCUUGCCUUGUGUCAGGAGCACAGACUGGAGCACAGAAUGAAGCACAUUGCUCGAGAGUUGCAGCAGCGUGGCCAGCUUCGUCUCGCUUACGUGGCCUCACAGGCCAACACUGCUGAUGUUUUCACCAAGGCACUUCAGCCUUGUGAUCAUCAGCGUUUCUAUACUGUUCUAGGCCUUGUACCUACUGUGCCUCACUUGCUUACUUCUUGA